AUGGUGGACAUGGAGGAUGACAGCGCCAGUGCGACAGCAACGUCCAAGACAGGCGCCGGCAAGCACCACUGGAAGAAGCUCACAAAGGCGCAACAGCGCCAUGAGCAGUCGCAGCGCAACGCUUUCGAGGCCUUUGCGAAUGCCCUGCUGCACAGCGUCUCCCCGUUCAUGGCGCCGCUGCGAGCCAAGUGCAAAACAUCGCUACCACACAUCAAGGUGGACCAACGCUUCGGCAAAAGCGGACACCCCGAGACGGCCAUCGCGCAGUUCCUCGUUGCCCCGCUGGUGACAAACUACCGCCCGCGUCACUUCCACGAUGUCGCGCCGGGCGAGCUCAUGGAGUUUCACUACGACUUCGCACUGGUGCUGCAGGCGAUCCGGUCGGCGCACGCGAUCCAUAUCGGCUACGGUUCUACGUGGAAGCGUUACGCCGUUCCGUACUGCUACCUGGCCUGCCGCGAGUAUCGCAAAGAGGUGCUCGCGCUUUGUCCAGAGGAGAUCCCGAACUGUCGUUCGGAAGCCAUCUACGAGGACGACGUGGUGAAGGACAUCACGGAGCUGCUGCUGAAGCGCGGCGAGGGAUUGGAGAUGCUGGAGACGAUGUCAAUCGUGGAAGCGAUGCGGAAGCGCGUCGAUCUCUACCCACUCUACGACGCCUUUGCAACUCUCUUUCAGAACUUGGAAAACUACCAAGUCGAAAUCUCUGACAUACGAUCGGUGCCCUCACGCUUCCUUCUGAAGACGUCGCGGCUGGCCGUGGAGGCGAUGCCGCAGCCGAUUGUGCUGGACGACGAGGUGGCAUGGGAUGAGCUGCCGGAGGUAUCACGCGUGCUCGUGGAGGGUGGCGUGGCGACAAGUGGUGCUGCAGGCAGCGAAGCAGAUGGCGGCACGGCUCGCUUGGCGUCGAAGCAGAAGGCACUUAGCACACUUGCACCCGUGGCUGCUGCGACUGGAGCUGUUUCUGGUAAGAGAGGUGCGGCCUUGGCCGUCCCGCCGGCAGCCAGCGGCACUGCCUCCUCGUGGCAAACGUUGGCACCGCUGAUAGUGAGUGUGGCGUGUGUGACAGCAACGAUAACAGUAGUCCUAAUAAAAAAGCGGCGGUGA